GACCCCGGCCUGGGCCCUUUUGUGUUCGAAGGCUAUGACUCGGCACCCCCGGGCCCCUGGCGGCUCCUGAACGAUGGGCACACUGUGCAGCUGAGCCUGGAGGGAGCCGGGGGCCAGGGCCAGCUGUGCAUCCGGGGCGGGGGGCUGCUCCACAGCUACUGUGCCCUGCAGCUCCACUUCCACUGGGGCAGUCCCACAGGCAACGGCUCUGAACACACUCUGGAUGGGCAGCGCCACCCCAUGGAGAUGCAUGUGGUGCACAUGAAUACCCUCUACCGGAGUCUGGAGGAGGCCCGGGGCCAUCCUGGGGGCUUGGCUGUGUUAGCCUUCUUGUUCAAGGUGCAGAGCGAGGACAAUGCCAACUACAACACCAUUGUGUCUGGGCUGAGGAAUGUCUCCCACCAGGGGCAGUCUGUAGAACUGGCGUCCACCUUCCGCCUGGACAAGCUGCUGCCAGAGCGAAGCCUCCUGUCUCGCUACUACCGCUACCCUGGCUCCCUGACCACCCCGGCCUGUGACGAGGUGGUCCUCUGGACCAUCUUUGAGGAGCCCGUCCCCAUUGGCAGGGCGCAGCUGGCCCAGUUUGUGUCCACCCUCCAGGCCAGUCCCGUGGGUGCUCCCCCCGUCAGCAUGAGGAACAACUUCCGCCCAGCCCAGCCCAUCGGGGCCCGAAAGGUCUUGGCCUCCCCGAAAACCACGAAGAACGGCGCCCCGGCCUUCCCCCUCCCGGCACAGAUGUGGGCCCUGCUCUGGCUGCUUCUCGGCAUGGCCUGUGGGCCGGGCUCUGGUGGGGUGCUCUGAGCUUCCUCAGGCUUGUUCUUCAGGCCCAGCCUUGCCCUGCUUGCCCUGCCCCUGCCGGCUCCUCAUGUGCUCCCUGUGGGGGGAGAGAACCCAGGGUAGGGCAGUGCUCGCUGUGGGACGUAGGGGAAGUUGCUUAGAUUCUCUGGGCCCCAACUUCUUCAGCAAGUGAAUGGGAGAAAACCUGCGCUGAGAGGCUUUAGCAUCUGCUGGAGGAACCCCAAGAAACAGGGCAGACAGAGGGGGAGGCAGCAGGAGCUGGGGGUGAGCCUCCCAUCCUCCCACUGAGCCCAGAGCCCGGGCAGCCCAGUGGAAGGGCUUCCUGGGGGAGGGGGGUUUGUAGGGCAAACUAUAGGACUCCCAAUUGGGAGGCAUCGUAGGGACCAUCUAGUCUGGGCCUCUCCUGGUACCAGCCCUGCCACCCCUGUUCUAAGGGGCCUCCCAGCUCUGACAGUCUUAUUUUCCUGUGGCUCCUGGGCUUGGCCAUUCUUGUCUCCCCUUUCCCCACUGCCUAGAGUCUCAUUACCUCCUGACCCCUCUGUUCCUGCCCCCCUCCUCCCCCCAAGCACCAGAGACCAACAGAAGUUAAACCAGCCCUUCCUGGGCCAAUUCUGUGCCCGGUGAGGUGCCAGGAUGCCCGCCUGGGCUCAUGUGUCCCCAGCCUCCUCCCUGUGUCCCCUGAUGCUGGGCGAGCAGGAAGGAGAGGCCAGACGUUGUUAAUAAACUCCGUUUAUCAGC